ACGCACCUAGGAAAAUGCAACUUCACUGCCCUGGCCUACAGCUUUGUCGACUCAAGCAGUAGUUAAGUCGGUCUGAACUGCUGUGUCUGUACUGACUCAAUUACACUUAAUUGAGUUUCAAAUUUCUAUGAGCUACCCAGAGAGCAGUGUCUGUACUGACUCAAUUACACUUAAUUGAGUUUCAAAUUUCUAUGAGCUACCCAGAGAGCAAGGGUAUCAGUACGGUGCAUAACUGUUCUUGGUGGCGUGAGCAUCCAGUCGAAGUUCAUUUACCUAUGCUUAAAGACCUCCAAUACCCCAGCCAGCAGCUACACCAUGCAUGCGCAGUGCGCACCUGUCGGUCAACCUGGUGCCACGGAAAGGUUUGGCCUAUCGGAUCAGAAAGACCGGCGGUGCCGCACCGAUAGGCCCUUGGCUGCAACGGUACAGACUCUUAUGCGCAGUCGAAACCGCACCUUGGAAAAAAAUGCAUGGAAGUACCGGUGGUUUACAUGAGCAGCUAAACGUGUGAGUAGAGAACGCGGAUAGUCGCAUAAACCCAAUCAGAGGCACGACGUUUACUGGCUUAACAAUUGUGACCAGCCAUGGACCAAAAGAAAAACUACCUACCUUCUUAUUUUUAUUCUUCAAUAAAUCGAAGACAAGAAUCUCACCUCUGACAAUGGAAUAUGAAUGUCCCCAACCGUCUCUAUUAAUCAUUACUCCAGUCCCGAAGACCAACGAAAUAGGACAAGAGUCCGCUAUGGACCAAACCUGCUUGCCAACUGAACCCCAAACUACAUUCUCGAUUUCUCAGUGGUUGUAAUCACAACGCGAAACACUAGCGACAGAGCAGAAGCAGCAGAAGCUUGAAAAGCGGAAGCAGUGGCCGAAGCGGCCGAAGCUUCAAAAGUGUCGGAAGUGGCAGAAUCUUCAAAACGGGCAGAAGCGCCAGGAAGCUUAGGAAGUGGCAGAAUCUUCAAAAGGGGCAAAGUGCAAGCAGCGUCAGCAACAGCAGAAGGUGGAGGUGAAACAUGACCAGCCAGCAGAAGCCUGAAGGUGAAGGGGAGGCAGAAGCAGCAGCAGGUGGCGAAAUCGAAAGCGGCAGAAGCAGCAGCAGGUGGCGAAAUCGAAAGCGGCAGAAGCAGCAGCAGGUGGCGAAAUCGAAAGCGGCAGAAGCAACAGCAGGUGGUAAAAUCGAAAGCGUCAGAAGCAGCAGCAGCAGAAGAUGGAGAUGAAGCAUGGCCAGCAGAAGGUGCAGGUGAGGCAGAAGUAGCAGCAGGUGGGGAAUUGAAAAGCGGCAGAAAUGGAAGAAGCUUCGGAAGUUUCAGAAGCUUCAAAAGCGGCAAAGUGGAAGCAGCGUCAGAAGCGUCAGAAGCGGCUGACGCAUCAGAAGCUGGAGAAGGUUUAGGUUAACCAUAGGCAGCAGAAGGUGGAGGUGAAGCAUGGGCAUCAGAAGGUGCAAGUGAGGCAGAAGCAGCAGCAGGUGGGGAAAGGGACAAGGCAGGAACUGGAGAAGCACCAGAAACAGGUAAAUCAGGAACAGUAGAAGCAUUAGAAGCAGCAAAACAAAGCAAAACAAAAAAAGCAUCAGAAGAAGCGUAAAACAGAUGGUGCAGAAGCAGCAGAGGCAUGUGCAAGAGACAACCGCCAUGCUGAGCGACGUUGCCGGCGCUAAUGAAUGAUUACAGUCGAACCGGCUGAGUUAAGCACCGGUCACACAAGCUGAGUCGAAAACUCCCGUCUUCACCCGAAUAGAACGCCCGGCCAUUAUCGCUGUAUUUGGUCCAACUUGCAGACCAUAUAUGGCGAUAAUGAAAGGGCGUUCUUUUCGGGUGAAGACGGUAGCCAAACCAAGCGAAUAGUCAAACGGAUAGCAUUUGCAAGCUGUACCACAACCAUGAUGGUUAGCUCGGCUAGUUGCAGUAGCUGGGAACAACAUACUGGCAGUAAUGAAUAGUCACUGACAAUCAAACCAGAUACGGAGCUGUAAUGAAUAGAACUGCUGUCUUUCAAACCAGCAGCGAGCGCUAAAAAAGGAAAGAUGAGUGAGCGUAUAGCUGAAGCUGGUGAACCUAGUGACACUCCUUCAACCAAUCCGGACUCCACUAACCUUCUUCUUCACUCUUUGUUCAGAAAUCUACCGUCUUCACCCGAAUAGAACGCCCGGUCAUUAUAGCCAUAUUUGACGCACUUUUCAGUCCAGAUACGGCUAUAAUGACCGGGCGUUCUAUUCAGGUGAAGACGGUUGUAGUUUACUCAUCUGCUUCCAGCAAAGUUCGAACUCAGUGGGUCUGUAUUUCAACAGUUCAGGUGUGGUGUUUUACCAACUGAGCUAGGCCAGUUGGCACGAUUCUUCACUCUUUAUUCACAAUUGAGAAAGGAGCAGAUUUGAUGCUGUACCAUACUGGGGACCAAGCUCCACUGGGGAUUGACCCUUAUUACCCCUAAUGCUUUCUGCAUUAGACCCGAUCUGUAAGUCUAUAGCAGUCUACAAGCUUCUAGUAGUCUAUAAGUCGAACUAUCUGGCUGAAAUAUGUUCAUACGCUUAAAGCAGUCUAUACACUGAAAUCUAUUAGCUGAAGAAGAAGCAGUCUAUAACCUCAUAGUAGAAAUCAUAGUAUGCUGCCGUUCCCUUACAUGUGAGAUGCAGCGUAACUGACCAAACAGUACACAUAUACCACACAUCCAUAUAUCUAUAUAUAUAUUUGUGACGAUAUAUAUCGCAUCAAACAGAGCUGCCCGGUAAACUGUAGGCAGAGAGGGCUGUGACAAACUAUUUCGUAUAUAUAAAUAUAAUAUAUGUUAUAUUCCUCAUUGAUUGGCAACCUACCUCCACCUAUGCGAUUCUCUCGAAGUAAUCUGAACUCCUUUUAGGCUUUUAGCUAUUCUGACUGUCUUCGUUUGGUCUUAGACUCUAGAGGCACACAUGUAUAGACCGAGCAACCAAGGUACAAAUGGAUUUCAGUUAACCAGCUCCACAACUCCACAUGAGUAUUCAAGCUGUGACAAUCGUGAAUGAACGGUGCACUGCUGGAGCAACCAAAUUCAUCCAACUAGAAACGCUUCUAGCCUUCUACUCUUUUUUUUCCCCACGGCCGAUCUAUGGUAAAGGGGAAAAAAAAAUGGUGGUUUGACAUUUCACCGCCCUGGACUCCGUAACUAACUCUGACAGCUCUUUACCACAGUCGCAAAAACUUGUACUAAGUUCUCAGCGUAACGAACAAAAAAACUGCGUUAACCAGCGUUAACCAGCAUUAUUCGAUAGGAGUGUUUUUUUCUUUGUUGUUUUUCUUUUCCCGUCUGACAUUAGUCGCAUAUGGAUAUGGAUAGUGAUGAACCUUCUGGUACUCUUGGCUCUACCAUAUAGCGAAGAAAUAGCCAAAUGUCGUAUAUGGUUGUUGGCUGAUAGCUAUUUGUCCCGUGGCUAUCCUUGCAUGUUCGCCAUAGACGUGGGUGCAUCCUGAGGCAGUAGUCCCCAGGUGGGGAUGCUGUUAUUGGCUGUGGGAUCACAUCCUAAGGGCAGCGAAGGACCACGGUCCUGCUUGAUGGAAUUAUAUUCUGCCCUGUGGGACCCCAUAUGCCCUUCGCCUGCCCCACAGUCAGGUUACAUAUGUACAUUCCGUUCGGCAUCUGGCCGAGUUGUUGAAGUUGGAGGUUGUAAAAAAAGAGGGUUGGUUGGUGGUGUAAGUAUGUGGUUAUUCAGUGUUUACUAUUUAGUAUUUACGUUGGUGCGAAAAGU